AUGGCUUUCCUGAGUUUGUUCAUGAGAAGGCAGCUGCCGCAGGCCGUUUCCCACUUCGCCCGGGUAGUGAAGCUGGUCCGGCCUCCCUGCGCCGGAGCCCCGCUGCGGAGGCUGCACGGCUCAGCCCGGCUGAGACACGGAGAGAAGGGACCGUGGGGGAAGAGCCGGGGGCCGGAGCCGCAGCAGCAGUAUCAGUUCACAGACCUCGACAAGGCGGACGCUUUGAUGCUGAGAAAGUCCCACGAAACAGGAUUCCUCUCGUGGUUCAGGAACGGCCUGCUGGCGACUGGGAUCGGAGUCAUCGCGUUUGUCCAGAGUGAAGUGGGACGGGAAGCCGGAUAUGCCUUCUUUAUCCUGGGAGGUGCGUGUGUCUCGUUUGGCGGUGCCUCGUAUAUUGGCAGCCUUUUUGCCUUGCGGAGGAUGAUGAUGCUCUCUGUGCCAGCACUGCUGCUCCAAGGCGCUGUGGUGGGCAGCGUCGCCCUCUUCUGGCUCUGUGCGGUAUCACUGUACAUCGGCCGCUUGGAGGUUGAGAUCAUCCACGAGGAGGAGGAGGAGGGAGAGGAUGAGGAAGAAUGCCGGGAGUGCCGAGAGAGACGCGAACUCCGAGGUUAUCGAGGCUCCCAUGACAGUGAGGACAGUGACCAUAAGAGGCCGAAGAAGUAGAGAUCUUCCAGGGAUGGAGAAUGGAAAGGGUGUGUGUUGCUUUGAUUCAAGGUUUACCCUUAUUUGUAUGUGUGUGUGUGCGUGCGUGCGUGCGUGUGUGUGUACAUGCACACAAGCAAACAGCCUACAUGUUCAUAUGCAGGCUGUGUGAGUUUAUAAAUACAAACCUAUUAUCCAUUGUUAUACUGAUGUAAAGGUGAAGAAAGACUUUUAAAACAUUUGGAGAACUGAUCAGAAAAAAUGAUGAACAUUGCUGAUAAUUUGGUAGUUUGACUACAUUUACUUUUGGUGAAUAAAUCAGCUUUUUUGUAAAAGUUGUUAUAAUCACAUAUAUUCAAAGCUGCUUCACUUGUGUUAUCAAUCUGACUGAUAAUUGUAUUGAUUUUUUUUUCUAUAUCCGCAUUCAAAGACUCAUUGAAAAUAUCACAUAUAUUCAAGUUUACUUUUCAGGGAACUGUAUGCAAUCAUUUUUAGAGCAUUUCAUCAGAUUUUUCUCAGCCAACUGUUACCAGAUGCUGUUUGUCUUAACAUCUUGUUCAACAUAAUUAACUGUGACUGACAACUUCAAGUUUUCACAAAAGUCUUGAAAUGAAACAGUGGUUCUCAAACACGGUGUGGUGUGGAUCUUUUUUUAUUAAUUGCUUCCACUAUCAGUGUAAAUAAUUGGGGUGAGAAGGGUGUGGACGUUUUUUGGCUUCUGAAGGGCAGCGUGCCAGGAAAGGUUUGAGAACCACUGAAAUAAACCAGGCUGGUUGUGAUAUGCUGUGAGAUGCAGAAAGAAUGGACUUACUAUAUGCAUGUUUCAGGUCUCUUUGAUUGCAAAUUGAUGAGGGCUUAGAAUUUAUUUUUACAGACCUUUAAAUUACCUAGUGAAGUUGUUUUGAUUUCUAAGGACAAGAGCACUUUUGUCUGUUUUUGUUUGUCACGAUAAUGACUCUCAACUUUUGGAAACAAAGGGUGUUUUUUUUACAGCCUCUUCUGUGGUUAUAUUAUGUUUGCUUUGCUUUGUUAAUAUACAUGUACAGUACCUAAAUGUAACCAUGAACCAUUGCUGUUUUAACUGAUGUAAAGAUUAGCUGAUAGAAUGGAAAAGUUGAUAAUAUUGAGUUUGUGUGUGGAAAUGGGGUUCACUGUUGUUUACUUUUGUUUGUGUGCACCACUUUUAAUGCACAUCUACUGUGCGUACAGUAAUAAAGCCAGAAGAAAUCUGUGCUGAAACA